GCACCAAAAAUGGAGAGAUAAAGGGCAUAAUUGUAGUGAGUCAAAAGGAAUCUGGAUUCUUCCUCUCCCACUUUCUUUUAUAGAUUUGAAUGAGUGAAACCCAUUUCAUCUCUUCAUCUCACAAGCCUAGGGUUCCUUGUAUUGUUGUUCUUCAAAACCCCUCAUCACCAUGAUGAAGAAACGCCAAGUGAUUGUGAAAAGAACAGAUGGAUCAUCAAAUAGGAACAGCAGCAGCAGCACAUCAUCAUCAGCUGUGAGAAGCUUGGUUAGAUAUGGAGAGUGCCAAAAGAAUCAUGCUGCCAAUAUUGGUGGAUAUGCUGUUGAUGGGUGCACAGAAUUUCUUGCAAAUGGUGAAGAAGGCUCUAAUGGAGCUCUUACUUGUGCUGCUUGUGGCUGCCACAGGAACUUCCAUAGAAGAGAAGUUGAAACUGAAGUGGUUUGUGAAUACUUUCCUCCAAAUGCUUGAAAACUUCCAAAAUUAUAUAAUAUAACAA